AUGAACGGCACAACCGCCCCUCAAACCCUCAAAGAUCUCCCCGAGAUCUACUGCCGCGCCUGGGCCGCCCGCGACCCCUCCCCGCUCCUCGCCCUCUUCGCCCCGGACGCCGUCAUGACCGACCACGGCGCCCAGAUCCACGUGCCCUACGCCUUCCUCGAGCGCCACCACCGGCACUGGAACGGCGCGCACAAGGACUUCGAGGUCUAUCUCGACCCGCGGUACCCCGUCUACUGGGGGGCCGAGACGGACGCCGGCGGCAGCGGCAACAACAACGGCUACUGCAGCUUCCGCACCGUCAACCGGGGCGUCUUUGUCAACGACCUCGGACGGCGCAAGGCCACGGGCUUGCCGUUCGAGUACUCGGGCGUCAUCGAUUUGAAGCUCAGGGGCGGCAAGAUCGUGCAGGCGGACGAGUGGUUAAGGGUUCCGUUCGAGGAUAGCGUGUCGCCAGACAAGUACAUCACCAUCUCCGAGGAGAGUCUGAAAGGCGUCAUGAGAAAGGAACUUCACAAGGAUGACUGA